AUGGUGGCUGCUACAAUCUGGCGCUUGCUGGGUGGUGGAGGAUACAGGGGCCGUGGCUAUGCUAAAAAUGAUUCUCCGGCGAGGCUGGAGAAGCUGGACAGAUCGGGAACAGGCCCCGGGAGCGAGAAGUCGCCUUCAAAGCUCGCAGUCUGGCAAUGGUUUGGAAGUGCUCUGGAGUGUGAAGGUGACAACGAGGGCUCUGUAGGGUGUGGGGCUGGACGUGAUACUGCUGGGAAUUCUUCUGCUCGUAGCAAUGUCCAGGCUGGCGUUGGGGAGGCGAUUCCUCUCGAAUACAAUCCGGAAGAUCUGAACGCGAUCGACUUCGACAAUGGAGCGAUAAUUUUCUUGACAGGUGGCAAAGAAAUCAGUGAGGCAGUGAGUCCUGGUGCUGAAAUCGUCGACGCAGAAUCGUCCACGAAGAUGGAUACUGUGACCAUUGCACAGGGAUUUGCUCUUGUCAGACUGAAAGCGGUGUCCAAACCACUAAGCAUAGGUGGCGGCAUGCAACGAAGGUCCUACCACACAAGUGGUUUUUGUCCGCGUUGA